AUGUAUCGCAUAAGUCAGGAUCACUUAGAACUUCUUUUUGGGUUAAUAAGGAAGCACGGUGGCUACAAUAAUAACCCAAAUGUACUACAGCUUAGAGCUGCAUACAAAAAAAUGUUAAGUCACCUUGAACUGCGGUCAUCUUUCACAGGAAAUUGCAUUCCUUUAGACAAUUUCAGCAUUUUACAUUAUUCGUCUCAAAAUGUCAUCAAUAGCACAACAAACUGUAAUAGACACGAUCCUCUUGAAUAUGAAGUUUUGGAAAGUACAAGAGCUCUUGAUACUGAUAAAGAGGCUGAAGAUAAUUGUAAUAUUUUCGCAAAUAUGCUGGACGAUGAAAAUGUAACGGAAGCUUCUAAAAUAAUAGUUAGUUACAUUUCCGGAUAUGUAAGCACUCGGUUGACCAAAGAGUUAAAAUGCGAGGAAUGUAUUGAUAGUUUGACCACGACACAGAAACUUCCGCAUCAUAAACUAAUAAGUAUAAAAGAUAUGGGUGGUUUAUGA